UGGUUCGGGGCGGCGGUCGCUGGCCAUGGGGCUCGGGGCGGCAGCCGGGGCCCUGCUGGUGGCACUGGGGGUGCUGGGAGCCCCCCCGGGUGCGGGCGCGGAGCUCUCGGGGGUGUUCCAGUACAUGCUAAAGGCCGAGUGUUACUUCAUUAACGGCACGGAGAAUGUAAGGUUCGUGCAGAGGCAAAUCUACAACCGGGAGCAGUACGCGAUGUUCGACAGCGACGUGGGGCUGUGGGUGGGGUUCACCCCCUUUGGGGAGAUGAAUGCCAAGUACUGGAACAGCGACCCGGCCAUACUGGAGCACAAACGGGCUCAGGUGGACACGUACUGCCGGCACAACUACGAGGUGUCCCGCCCGUUCAUCACGGAGCGCCGAGUGCCCCCCAGCGUGUCCAUCUCGCUGGUGCCCGCCUCGAGCUCCCAGCCCGGCCCCGGCCGCCUGCUCUGCUCCGUGAUGGAUUUCUACCCCGCUGCCAUCCAGGUGAGGUGGUUCCAGGGCCAGCAGGAGCUGUCGGAGCACGUGGUGGCCACCGACGUGGUGGCCAACGGGGACUGGACCUACCAGCUGCUGGUGCUGCUGGAAACGCCGCCCCGGCGCGGGCUGAGCUACAGCUGCCAGGUGGAGCACGUCAGCCUGGAGCAGCCGCUGAGGCGGCACUGGGAGAUGCCGCCGGACGCCGGCCGCAGCAAGAUGCUGACGGGCAUCGGGGGCUUGGUCUUGGGCUCGGUCUUCGUGGCGCUGGGGCUCGGCUUCUACGUGCGCAAGAAGGUGAGGGCGGGUGCCGGGGGCGGCGUGGCCGCCGUGGCGGAGCCCCCGGAGCGGGACAAAGGGAUCCGAACAAAAAAUUCCAACGGUUCCCAGAACCGGGACCCCCCCAAAACCCCACCUUGGGCCCCCAAAAUCGGGGGCAGGGUCAGGGCCAGCAGCGGCAGCAGCCGGGGGAGGCUCCGCGCUCCGUCCGUGGCGCUCCGGGCACACCGGGCAGGGUCGGUGCUGCUCCCAGGAACGCGGAUCCGAACUGGGGGCACUGGGAACGGGGGAGCAGCACCCCAAAAAACGCUCAGCCAAUGGGAGAGCGGAGUUGAAUGA